UACACUUCGACAGAGGAGGAGCAACAGGUGUUACUGGUGUAUCUGUCAGACUGGAGAAGAUGAGUGAUUCAAAAGAUGAGGAGGAGGACACAUCUUCCGUCUCCAGCUGUCUGUCUCUGAAGAGUGACGGGUCUAUUGACUUACCUCCAGCAAUCAGUAAUCUACCACAGCCCUCAGACCGGAAACGGAGAGCAGAGUCUCCAGUCCCCAGCUGCCUGUCUCUGAAGAGUGACCAGUCUAUAGACAGAUUUAUGGACUUCCGGGAUCAACCUGGACCCUCAGAAACAAAAGGGAAGAGGUCCAGAACAAGAGCUGGAGUGCAGAGAGCCAGUCAGACCAGCACUGUACGAACAGAUAGUGGUCUGCAGGAGGUUUUAGAUGAACAUCGCAUCAGUCUGAGGAGGAGAUGUGAACGUGUGACUGAAGGAACUGAUCAAAGUGAAACCCUCCUCAACAGGAUCUUCACUGAGCUCUACAUCACACAAGGCCUGAGUGAAGAGGUUAAUACCCAACAUGAGGUGAGGCAGCUGGAGACAGCUUCCAAGAACAAGCCCCUCCAUGACACUCCAAUCAAGUGCCAGGACAUCUUUAAAGCCUUACCUGACCAACAGACUCCCAUCAGAGCGGUCCUGACCAACGGAGUCGCUGGCGUUGGAAAAACCUUCUCAGUGCAGAAGUUCACUCUGGACUGGGCCGAGGGUUUGGGAAACCAAGAUGUCAGUCUGGUGAUCCCGCUCUCCUUCAGGGAGCUGAACCUGAUCAAAGGUGAGCAGUACAGUCUUCUCAGGCUGCUCCAUGUUUUCCAUCCAACCUUACAGAAGGUCACAGCAGAGCAGCUGGCUGUCUGCAAAGUGCUGCUCAUCUUUGACGGCCUGGAUGAAAGCAGACUUUCUCUGGACUUCAGAAACAAUGAGGUUGUGUCUGAGGUCUCUCAGCAGUCCUCAGUCAACGUGCUGCUGACAAACCUCAUCAGGGGGAAGCUGCUUCCCUCGGCUCUCGUCUGGAUAACUUCCCGACCUGCAGCGGCCAAUCAGAUCCCUCCUGAGUGUGUGGACAGGGUGACAGAAGUACGAGGCUUCACUGACGCCCAGAAGGAGGAGUACUUCAGGAGGAGAUCAAGUGAUGAAGAAUGGUCCAGCAGAAUCAUCUCUCACAUCAAGAGCUCCAGGAGCCUCCACAUCAUGUGUCUGAUCCCAGUCUUCUGCUGGAUCACUGCUGCAGUUCUGGACCACAUGUUGACUACAGACCAGAGAGGACAGCUGCCCAAGACCCUCACUGACAUGUACUCACACUUCCUGCUGGUCCAGACCAAGAGGAAGAAGCAGAAGUAUGAGGAGGGACAUGAGACGAGUCCACAGCAGCUGACGGAGGCUGACAGGGAGCUUCUUCUGAAGCUGGGGAGGCUGGCGUUUGAACAUCUGGAGAAAGGAGACAUCAUGUUCUACCAAGAAGACCUGCAGCGCUGUGGUCUUGGUGUUACCGAGGCCUUGGUGCAGUCAGGAGUUUGUACAGAGAUCUUCAAAAGAGAGAGUGUGAUCUUCCUGAAAACAGUCUACUGCUUUGUUCAUCUGAGCAUUCAGGAGUUUCUGGCUGCAGUCUACAUGUUCCACUGUUACACCAACAGAGACACAGCGGUACUGAAGGACUUCCUGCAGGGAGACUAUAGCAACAGGUAUAACAGUGAUCAGGAUUACCCAUCCCUGGAUGUCUUCCUGGAGGGAGCCAUGGAGAAAUCCCUCAGAAGUGAAAAUGGCCACCUGGACCUGUUUGUCCGCUUUCUCCACGGCCUCUCUCUGGAGUCCAACCAGAGACUGUUAGGAGGCCUGCUGGGUCGCACAGACAACCGUCCAGAAACCAUCCAGAGAGCCAUCAACAACCUGAAGAAGAUGAGCAGCGAUAAAAUCUCUCCUGACCAGAGCAUCAACAUCUUCCACUGUCUGACAGAGAUGAAGGACCACUCAGUCCAUCAGGAGAUCACAGAGUUCCUGAAGUCAGAGAACAGAUCAGGGAUCUACUUGUCUUCUCUGGCCUACAUGCUGCAGAUGUCAGAGGAGGUUCUGGAUGAGUUGGACCACGAGAAGUACGAAACAUCAGAGGAGGGACGACAGAGAGUGAUUCCAGCUUUGGGGAACUGCAGCAAGGCUGUAUUUCAUAACCGUGGAAUCUCAGACUCUGACUGUGAAGUCGUGGCCUCCGCUCUGAAGUCCGACCCCUCCCACCUGAGAGAGCUGGACCUGAGAGCCAACAAGCUGCAGGAUUCAGGAGUGGAGAUGCUGAGUUCUGGACUAAAGAGUCCAAACUGUAAACUGGAGACUCUCAGGCUGGAGCGCUGCAGGUUGUCAGAGGUCAGCUGUUCUGCUCUGGUCUCAGCUCUGAAGUCCAACCCCUCCCAUCUGAGACUUCUGGACCUGGGUUACAACAAGCUGCAGGAUUCAGGAGUGGAGCUGCUGAGAGAUCUUCUGCAGAGUCCAGACUGCAGACUGGAGGCUCUCAAACUGUGGCGCUGCAGGUUGUCAGAGAGCAGCUGUUCUGCUCUGAUCUCAGCUCUGAAGUCCAACCCCUCCCAUCUGAGAGGUCUGGACCUGAGUAGCAACGCUCUGCAGGAUUCAGGAGUGGAGCUGCUGAGAGAUCUUCUGGAGAGUCCAGACUGCAGACUGGUGGUUCUCAGACUGAUGAGCUGCAGGUUGUCAGAGAUCAGCUGUUCUGCUCUGAUCUCAGCUCUGAAGUCCAACCCCUCCCAUCUGAGAGAUCUGGACCUGAGUGACAACGCUCUGCAGGAUUCAGGAGUGGAGCUGCUGAGAGAUCUUCUGGAGAGUCCAGACUGCAGACUGGAGACUCUCACACUGAUGGGCUGCAGUUUGUCAGAGAUCAGCUGUUCUGCUCUGAUCUCAGCUCUGAAGUCCAACCCCUCCCUUCUGAGACAUCUGGACCUGAGUAGCAACGAUCUGCAGGAUUCAGGAGUGGAGCUGCUGAGAGAUCUUCUGGAGAGUCCAGACUGCAGACUGGUGGUUCUCAAACUGAUGGGCUGCAGGUUGUCAGAGAUCAGCUGUUCUGCUCUGAUCUCAGCUCUGAAGUCCAACCCCUCCCUUCUGAGACUUCUGGACCUGAGUAGCAACACUCUGCAGGAUUCAGGAGUGGAGCUGCUGAGAGAUCUUCUGGAGAGUCCAGACUGCAGACUGGAGGAUCUCACACUGAUGGGCUGCAGUUUGUCAGAGAUCAGCUGUUCUGCUCUGAUCUCAGCUCUGAAGUCCAACCCCUCCCUUCUGAGACUUCUGGACCUGAGUGACAACGAUCUGCAGGAUUCAGGAGUGGAGCUGCUGAGAGAUCUUCUGGAGAGUCCAGACUGCAGACUGGUGGUUCUCAGACUGAUGAGCUGCAGGUUGUCAGAGAUCAGCUGUUCUGCUCUGGCCUCAGCUCUGAAGUCCAACCCCUCCCAUCUGAGAGAGCUGGACCUGAGUGACAACGAUCUGCAGGAUUCAGGAGUGGAGCUGCUGAGAGAUCUUCUGGAGAGUCCAGACUGCAGACUGGAGACUCUCGGGAUCAAUGGAGAGACAAUCAAAGCCAAGAUACAGAAGAACUGUGACUCCGAUGUGGAACAGGAAGUGAAGACAGACAGAAAGGCUCCUGAAUCCUUCUCACCUGAACACACAACUGAGUCUUCAUACAGGUUCAGGUGUCCUGGUCCAGGUGAGUUCCAGUGUGCUUCGACUGGCCUGGUGUUUGUCAUGGCUCAGGAGGCGGAGCUUCUCUACAGGGUGGCCACUUGGGAUGAGAGCCUCCUCCAAUCAGCUGGCAAGCAGGCAGCAGGGCCGCUGUUCGACGUGAAGAGUUCUGAUGAAGCUGCCGUCUGCCAGCUCCACCUGCCACACAGCGAGACAGAGGAUGCGCUGUUCCUGGACGGCCUGUUGUCUGUCGUCCACAUCACUGAUGAAGGCCUGAGCAUCUUGAAGCCGCUGGAGGUCACACACACUCACGUGGUGGUGAAGGUGCUUCACCUCUCUCUCUUUGGCCUUAUCAUCGAUCCAUUGAGAAGGCUUCUAAAGUGGCGAAUAAAGGGCAAAAUUCUGCUGUUCCUACGACCCCCGGGCCGAGAGGAACAAAUACUGGAUGUAUUUCUGCUGCAGAACAACGUCCUUGAGGAGGAGGUUGUUAAACACAGACGUGCUGUGAACAUCCCAAUCUCCUCCGACUGUGUGCUGGACAUUGAUCGAAGUUACAGUGUGCACUGUGAACCUGAGGGCUUCUUCAUUCAGCCUGAGAGUAAAACAUUUGAUUCCAGGUUUGGACCAAACUACUACCCGACAUUUCUAGUUUCCCUGACGACGAGCACAGAGAGAGUGGUUUUGAAGGUCAAGGACCAGGGUGGAAAAGUAGUCUGGUAUUGUCGCGUGUCACUGGAAGAUACAAGGCAUGAAUUGUCCCAGAGAAAUGUCCCAUCUGAGAGCAGAGUCUCAGCAGAGAGCCGAGUCCCAGCAGAGAGCCGAGUCCCAGCAGAGAGCCGAGUCCCAGCAGAGAGCCGAGUCCCAGCAGAGAGCAGAGUCUCAGCAGAGAGCCGAGUCCCAGCAGAGAGCCGAGUCCCAGCAGAGAGCCGAGUCCCAGCAGAGAGCAGAGUACCAGCAGAGAGCAGAGUCCCAGCAGAGAGCCGAGUCCCAGCAGACCAGAGGUUGCGCUCAGUUCGGACAGAGUUCAUUCAAAGAGUGACUCCAACUGUCCUGAACGACCUUCUGGAUAAACUCUUUGAGUCUGAAGUGAUCACCGAAUCUGAAAUGACGUCGGCCAGAGCCAAACCCCAAAAUGAAAGUGCACGAGAGGUGGUGGACGCGGUGCGAAGAAAAGGAGCUGCAGCCAGCAGGGUUCUGAUCAAUACUCUCCAUGAGCUGGACCGGUAUCUUUACGAAGAGCUCAACUUGAGCUGAGGCUAAACCAGUAGUGGAGUGUGUGUGGCAGUUGAAGUCUAGUCCUCUGUUUUGUCACCUGUACAUUUUUCCACUUGUCCUUGAAGGUAACACAGAUUCUGAGCGAAGGCCGCUUUCCUUCUCUCUCUUCUCCUGGACUCCCUCCUGAGAGCAGCUACCCGUAUCGGCCUUCCUUUGGUGUUAUCCUGAGUUUUUUUCAAGUACAUGUUUACUUUAUUACAUAAAAUACUUUAAUUUACCAGCAUCCAUUGCAUCCUUUCACAUUUAUGUCAGGCAUAGGAGCCGGGUUAUGACAAAAAUAAGGGCUUGUUCUUAUUUUACCAAUUGGUACUGACUGCUGGGUAAGAUUUGGGAUUUUGGGGCAUUUGGUACCGAGGCAUGCGAUUUGGAGUUUUAUUUGUUUUGUAUUAUCAAACUGUAAAAACCUGUACCUGUUUGUGCUGAUGAAUGUAAAUAUAAUAUACUUAGGGAGUGAAUUAAACCCAGUGGUGUUCAGUAACUAAGUACAUUUAUUCAAGUACUGUACUUAAGUACAAUUCUGAAGUACUUGUACUUUACUUGAGUAUCUCAAUAUUUUUGCUACUUUGUACUUCUACCCAGUGGCGGCUGGCCCAUAGGGGGCCAUAGGGCGCCGCCCUCCCUAAACCCAAGCCCCCAGGAAGUGCGCCGGACUCUGUGCCCAAAAUUUGUUGUGUCCCAACGGCGGCACUGCAACUUCCGUAUCAAUCCGUGACGUCACCUGGCCCAAAACAUUUUUUUCCCAUUGACUAACAUGCAGAAAGAGACGUCUGUAAAUCGGUGGAUACUUUUUUUUAACUAAAUAAACUACCCAGUAUGAACUAUUGUAUAGCCCUUAUUAGAAUCAUUCGGUCCUUAAAGUUAUAAAAUGCACUAAAAGCCGAAUCAAGAUUUAUAUUCUCUCUCCAUUCAUUCAAGUGAGCCGAGAGUGGGAGCUCGGGGGGCGGGGCUUAAGGGGCGCAUGCUCUGUGAGCGCACAUCCGGUUCUUCUGCUUUGACAGCCAGGCAUGAUGGGUAAUCUGUGACGUUUCGCUCUCUCAAAAGUUUGGUCAUUUUGUCUUCAUGCGCCAAUGAGCAGCUCUCAUAGGAAAGAACGAGACCCCGCCUCCCACGCUGUUUCCAGUUCUUAUUAUACAUCCCUGCCUAAACCACACACACAAGGAAAUGCUUUUCUAUUUUUAAACUUAUUUUAAAUUGCUUUUCCUAUACUGUGGCUGCUUCUCAAUGUCAAGGAAGGAUCCUUCAGAGCCUCCAAAUAAAUAAUUAAAAUGAAUUGUUUUGA